AAAGGGAAAAAUAAAAAGAAUGUCCAAUUUAAUAGAGUAGAGAAAGGUGAGUGGUCGACAGGAUUUCCACUUACAAGACGAGGAUGAUGCCAGGAGAUCUAUCUACCCAAGGGACAUUGCCAUAAAUAAUUGAGGUAGUAUUCUUGUAGCUAGCUCUACAGGAUAAAAAAAAAUUAAGCAUGCCCCAGGUGAAACUACCCAAAACUAAACAAAGAGUUAAAAAAUCCCAGGGCCUUCCAAAGAGAGGAGAGCUAGUUGAGAACUCUCUGCCAGUGAAACUAAAGAUGGUGGCAAGGAAUGAGUAUAAGAAAGGGCUAUGGACAGAGGAGGAGGACAAGAUUCUGCUUGAACACAUAAGGCUGCAUGGAAGAGGGCACUGGAAUCGCAUCCCUAAGCUGACUGGUUUGAGGAGGUGUGGGAAGAGCUGCAGGUUAAGGUGGUUGAACUAUCUGAGCCCCAAUGUGAAACAUGGAGAUUUCUCUGAAGAAGAAGAAGACCUCAUUAUAAGACUCCAUAAGCUCCUCGGAAAUAGGUGGUCUCUGAUCGCCGGGCGGGUGCCGGGACGAACAGAUAAUCAAGUAAAGAACCACUGGAACACUCACCUCCGCAAGAAACUUGGCAUCAAAAAGCAAGUGAGCUCCUCGAAAACAGAGUCAUUCCAGACAGAAGACACCCACAAAAUUGAACAUAUGCAAAACACUGCUGAAAUCGUGGAGAAUCAAGAUUCUACUGAGGCAUCUAACUGGGAACCGGAAAUGAUGAACAACAACUGCUAUAAAGAAUCGCUGUUGUUUCCUACUGAGUUCUACUUAAAUCUUUACAGCCCAUGUUUUAUGGAAUUUCUAGAUGAAAACCCUCUUGAUCAAUUUUUUCAAAACAACUAGAACUAGUUUCUUUCCAGGAACAAACUGGUUAUUGUCAUUAAUUAAUUUAAUCUGAUGGGUAUUUGCAUUUUA